AUGCUGGAGCGCACGGCGGGAUGCUUCGAAACAGGCAGCUUGCGGCGUCUGCUGCCAUCGUCCGGUCAAACAGUCAAAGGUCGCCGCGCACUUCAUUCUGCAUUCUUCAAUCAUGCAGCAGGUGACAAUGAGCUUUCUACCAUAUGGUCAGCUCUAGUCCAAGGACAAAACUCACAGCGAGAAAGUGCUCCGGAGGUACUCAAUAACGCGGGUGGCGAUGGAGGGAUUUUCCUUGAUUUCCUAUACCCGACUCACACUAUAAAUUCUAUUCGAAAAUGCUCACUCUGGGCUCUCGGGAAGCAAAGUGGGCAGUGGGGAAAGUCAAGGUGCUCAAGAUUAGGUCAACGAGCAUACACCUCUUCUGCCACAACCGCUUCUCCUACGAAUAACCUCGGCCAUGAUGUAGCGGAAAAUAAUGACGAUCCGGAACCAGACACCGUCGCUGAAGGGCACAUAUAUCAGAAGUUGGGCUUGCAGAGCAACAAGGAUUAUGAUGAAGCCUGGCGGCAGUAUUCGAGACUGGAUAAAGGAGAGAAGAGGGGACUUCGGUGCGAGCUCAUUGAAUACUUGUCCACUUCGACAAGAAUCAUUGAUGCUGAGCGGAUCGUCGAUGCGUUUAGUCGGGGGGCCCAAGGGAACACUGCCGCUAUUUACAAAUACACAAUCAGGGCACACCUGUCUUUGCGCAAUGCCGAUGAAGCCAUUCGAUUGAGCAUCAAAGCUUGUAAUGUGAUCGGAAGCCCUGUCGAUUUCGACAAUACUUUCUGCUCCCUAGCAAAAUCCAAAUCUUGGAGUAGAGCCUGCUCGUUAUGGAACGCUUUUACACUGCGUAAACAUGGUAUGGAGUUCAGCUACAACCUUUUCCGGGAUUUUGAAAGGCUUUGGAAUUUUGAUUCACUUGUUUGCGAUUUAAUCGGCUACGCCGACCAGCGAGCUAGGGCCACGGACCAGCAAGUGGAGGGCACAAAACGACAAGUCGAGGAUAUAGAGCACCCGGUUGAGAACUGUUCCCCUGGCCACGAGAUUACACAUGGAAUGUUGGUCGAGUUUUCUACCGCCAUGGCUUUGCACAUGAUUGGUGUGCAGAAUUGUUAUAGGUCUGGUCAGUUCAAGGUGAGACCUCACUUCAGUACAGCUCUUACACACCUCCGAAAAUAUAGUCUCAUAGAGCUAGCGUCAAAUCGUGCUCGCCUUGAAGCACAGAUAGACUUAAUGAUGGACCUUGGCGCCACAAACCACAUUAUCGAUGUCUACAGAGCCUUGCGAGACAGCGAAAACUUCGUCUUUUCUGCGGGUUCACUGGACAAGAUACUCAGGUACUAUUGUGCCAAGCAUAAUACACUUGGAAUCCAAACCAUUUUGGACGACGUCAUUCAAAACUACGGCAGGCCGACUCGAAUUGCAUACCGAAUGGUGUUGAGAGAAUUCGCUAAUCGCAGGGACGUAACUACAGUCCAAACGCUGUUCGAUCGUUACAUGGAAGAUUAUUUUCCUGACGGCGCAGUUACUGAUCCCGACACUUUUGCUCCCAUACUUCAAGUCUAUUCUAAACGUGGGGAGGUGUCAGAAGUCAUGAAGAACUUCAACCUGAUUUCCGACAAAUAUGGUCUAAAGCCAAGUAUCCUUUGUUGGAAUAUUGUCAUAGCUGCACAUGGCCGAGCAUUAGAUGCCGACGGGGUGUAUGAAUGUUUUGAUGCAAUAGUGAAAGCUGACGGAAUAAAGCCAGAUGAUUACACGUUUGGGUCAGUCAUGGGAGCAGCAGCAAUCAGAGGCGAUCUACCAGCUAUGCAGUCUAUUUACCGCAUGGCGCAAGAUUCCGGCGUCUCCACAACCGCCCAGAUGGUAGACUGUCUUGUCAAGGCUCAUAUUGACGAUGACGAUCUCGAGGCGGCUGAAUCUAUCUGUAUUGAAGCAGUCCAGACACCGAUGAAAGGAUCUCGGACCCGGAUGUGGAAUUACCUCAUUGUUGCCCAUGCUCUCCGCCGAGAUCUGGACAACGCGAAUAGAGUGUUGCGGUUAAUGCCUCAUUAUGGAGUCCCUCACAACGAAAUCACAUAUGCCGCAAUCAUGCAGGCGCUAGCUAUGGUCAAGCUGCCAGAUGCAGCGAACAAAGUCAUGAACGAGGCGCUUCCACGAGCAGGGUUUAAGCCGAGUGCUCUCCAUUAUGCGAUCUUAAUGGGAGCGUACCUGUAUACAAAUCAAAUACCUAGAAUUUUCCGUAUUCACAGGUAUCUCCUGAGAAGACACCUUCCUUCAACAGCUAGCACCAAUGCGAUGCUCAUGCGAGCGCAAAUGAAUCGUGAUGAGUUCUUGUUCGCUCAAGGUACGACUGAACAUAAGUAUGAGCGCGCUUUGGAGAUGUUUCUAAGCAUGGUCUGGGAUAAGCAGGAUCAUUCUGAUAUAGAAAAGGGCAUGUUGCAAAUGCCGCUAGAUCACAAGUACGCCACAUCGAUCAGCAGCUUUGUGAUAACGAUGAUUUCAAGGGUUGAUGAGCCCGAAACUGCACUUCGAUUAUUUCGUCGAUUCUUGGAUACGUCCCCAGAUUCGCUAAAGGACAAUGUCCCAAGUCAAAUGAUUUCGGCCUUGCUAUAUACGAGGUAUCGACAACGUGACGCAGCUGGUAUCCAAAAAUGUUGGGACAUGAUCAUGAAUCAGUCGAGAAAGCACAUGAAGCCGACAAUUCCCGCGGAACAGACAGAUAAUAUGAUCGAAUCGCCGCCUACAGGACCAGGUAUUCUGAACAAAUACCGGACAUCUUUCGCUGCAGAUCUUAAUUAUUAUCUUGCUUACCUGAGUUGGGAUUCCAGACAGGAUGAAAUGAUUGCUACUGUCAACAGCCUACUCGAGGAAGGGUUUGUUCUAGAUAAUCGCAACUGGAACAAUUACGUCAAGCUGCUUUUGCAGGGGUCGGAUCAACAUAUUAGAAUGGCGUUCGAGCUAUGUGAAGACAAGCUCAUGGGUGGCUUCUUGGGUUGGGCAUUAUACCGUCGCCGCUCACCGGCCAGAAAUAAACUGCCCCUGACAGUGCGAUAUUACAGAAAGGAUCCGCGCCAUCUCCGACCGCUUGCUAGCACGAGCUUCGAGCUGGCGAAUGCAUUUAUUGAUCUCCAGGCGGCUGCCACUGAAUCUCCAUCUUCUCGAUACCUAGUGGAAGCUUUAGAACGGCGGUGUCCCAAGACGGUAGGGCAUAUUUUGACUAUACCAUCCAAUCAUAGUCUCCAGGAAAUGGCGAAUAUGGGCCGUGUAAUAGAGUGA